GACUUUUACGCGCAGCCUGCUUGUUUGGAGACGUUGGCGCGUCAGGGUGUGUGCGUAACGCGGAUCUCACCUGUCCGACGAAGGUAGAUUUCACUCCGCUUGCUGUAGGAUGUGAAUCUUCCUGAUUUGCCCGCUUGCGGAGCGCAGAGGCGAACAUCUGCGGGGAAAACAUGCGCAGCCCUGUGAGGAGCAGCACCGCAGGCGCAGCUGAGGACUGAGACUUUCCACGGAGGAAAAACAGGUUUUCCACUCUUCAGGAUGGAUGGAGAACAUUCUGCUCUGUCAGGAGUUGAGAGGGAAAGAGAAAGGCUGCCCCCCAUCUACACCAGCUCUCCUCCUGUUUUGGGACGAGGACCUAAGCAGCCGUUUCCGUCUCUGGGAACCUUCAUCUCCACCCUAAGCCAGAGGAGAGACGCAGGAGGGCGGGGCUUCGCCAUGGGCAUCGGGGGCCCACUGACCGGCCCCCUGGGGAUCAGGCACUCCGUGAGGGAACUGCCUCCCAUCUGCAGCGACGUCCGGCAGAAGCAGCGGCUCUCCAUCGACACGCUGCCUCAGGAAGUCAAAGCUCCGUUCCCCUGCGACCCCGUCAUCCCCCUGCGGACCAAAACCACCAAGGAGUUCCAGGAGGACGUGGAGCGAGCCGCCCAAUCAGGUGACUGGAGGGAAGUCAGAGAGUUUUACCUGACGACCUUCGACUCCUUCGUAGAAAUCAACGCCGCCUUCAAGCGAGAGGCCAACGGACUGUUCAACACGAUCGAGGACUCAGGGGUCAACGGGAAGUUCGUCAGCGCGGUUUACGACUCGCUGCUCAGCACACCUCAGGACAUCCAGAAGUCGGUCUUGAAAGGAAUCAUCAACAGCCUGCUGAGGGAGUGGAAAGGGCCUCGGACUAAAGACGACCUGCGGGCGUAUUUCGUUCUGAUCCAGAACCCCCAGUAUUCCAGCACCAGCACCUACGUGAUCUUCGCUCACCUGCUGCGGCAGAUCGCAGCGUUGUCCGAGGCCGACCACCACUUCCUGGUUCACUGGCUCAAGAGGCUGUCGGCCAGGCGCUUCCGGCAGCUGGUGGAGCGCCUCCUGCAGUUCAUCUCCGCGCGCCUGUUUCCUGCAGAACCAGACGAGCUUCCUCCUCCGGCCAAGUGUUCCUGGUGGAUUCCCUCGGCCACCAAAGUGCUCAGCCUGUUCAACGCAGCCAACAGCGUCUCCUCUCCUCCCAUCAUGCCCUUCACCGACUUCUACAACAUCACUCUGGAGCACAUAGACUUCAUGGAGGACUACCGGACCUGGCAGAACUACGGCAACUCAAACAGGUUUUCUUUUUGUCAGUUCCCCUUCAUCCUGUCGACGGUGGUGAAGAAAGCCAUCAUCCAGAAGGACUCGGAGCAGCAGAUGAUCAGCCAGGCCAGGCUGAGCCUGGUGAGCAAAGUGUCCCGCAGGCAGAGGGUGGACAUGAACCUGCUGUUCCUCAACAUUAAAGUUCGACGAGCACAACUCCUGAGCGACUCGCUGGAUGAGUUGAUGAGGAAACGGUGCGACCUGAAGAAGAAGCUGCGGGUGACGUUUGUCGGGGAGGCGGGGCUUGACAUGGGCGGUCUGACCAAGGAGUGGUUCCUGCUGCUGGUUCGUCAGAUCUUCCACACCGACUACGGGAUGUUUUCCUUCAUGAAGGACUCGCGCUGCCACUGGUUCAGCAGCUGGAAGAGCGACAACUACUCUGAGUUCCAGAUGGUUGGGACUCUGAUGGGCUUAGCGGUUUACAACAGCAUUGCUCUGGACAUCCACUUCCCUCUCUACUGCUACAGGAAGCUGCUCACUCCGCCCACUGUGCCACCUGAUCCUAAUGCCUUUGUUGGCAUGGCAACGGCCACCUUGGACGACCUGCAGCAGGUCAUGCCUGAUCUGGCUCACGGCUUGGCGGAGCUGCUGAGCUACGAGGGAAACGUGGAGGAGGAUUUCUACCUCACCUUCCAGGUUUUCCAAGAGGAGCUGGGUGUAGUCAAAUCCUACAACCUGAAACCCGGAGGAGACAAAAUCCCUGUCACCAAGCAGAACAGGAAGGAGUACGUCCAGCUCUACAUCGACUUCCUGCUGAAUAAAUCCAUUUACAAACAGUUUGCUGCCUUCUACCACGGCUUCCACAGCGUGUGCGCCUCCGACGCCCUCAUGCUGCUGCGGCCGGAGGAGGUGGAGAUGCUGGUGUGCGGCAGUCCGGAGCUGGACAUGAGCGCCCUGCAGAAAGCUGCUCAGUACGAAGGCUACAGCAAGAUGGACGCCACUGUGAGGUUCUUCUGGGACGGUUCUGGCGUUCCCUUGGAGCUGCAGAAGAAACUGCUGCACUUCGCCACCGGCAGCGACCGCGUUCCCAUCGGGGGAAUGGCCGACCUCAACUUCAAGAUCUGCAAGAUCGACGUUCCGGCAGACUGGCUGCCCAUCUCUCACACCUGCUUCAACCAGAUCUGUUUGCCUCCGUAUCGAACGCGGAAGGAGCUCAAACACAAACUCACCAUCACCAUCUCCAACGCCGAAGGCUUCGGCCUGGAGUGAAGGCCAACAGCACACCAGCAGAGACUGUCACACUGCCGUGGAUCUCUGUGGAUCUCUGUGGAUCAGGAACUGAGCAGGUCCCAUUGUCUCCUGAUAGGCAGAUCAGACCGGAGCUUUAACCCACCAGCAGAACAACGGCUCAUCAAAUGGCUUCAUUUCCACAUCGACUCUGUUGGUUCUGCUUUAACAACCUGAUAAACACAAACCAGAUUGAUCUGUAACACUGUGCUAAAGCUUUACACAGUUUCUGUUUAUUUCCUUGUUGCAGAGCUGAAGCAGACUCUCUGCUGCCAAGUGCCUGAAAGAACAAACCUGAUGCCAUUGACUAUCCAUUCCUGUUUCAGACCUUCUGUUUUAUUGAUGAACCUUUUGCACAGUAUUGUUGAUGUUAUCUGGGAUAUAACUCUGACUCGUCUCUGAUCAGUGAAAAUAACUUUAAAAGUUUCCCAUGUUAAUGUUGUAACACUGAGUUCUUGUUGAAGUCAGAAAGGUCCAGUCAUCAGUGGAGCCUCCAACGUCAGGCAGGAUGGAUCUGCAGAAAGCAAACAAAUGGCUGAAGACUCAAAUGAACAACAUCCUCCUGUAAUGGCUGCCGGUCUGGAUUCAAACAUGGCGUCCAACUGUAUUGAUUCUAAAUCUAUCGAUUUACAAACAAACUGAACAAAACAGUUGAAAAAUCCUAAACUUUCAUGUUAUGGUCUGCACACCUGAUCCCAUAUAUUUAAAUAUGGCCGCCAUCCAGGAGUUAUUAUUCAUGUUAGAGUCGCCAUGUUUUCCAGUUGGUCUUAUCAUGCAACAUGUUUUGCUUUUUGCAAAAUGCUCCCAUUUCAUUAACAUCAGAGGCUCCGUUUUAUUGUUUCUCAGGUAUUGAUUUGAAUCAAGAAUAUUUUUUCUGGUCCUGUUUAUUCGCACACCGUUGGUUACAAACGGAUUAAUCAGGAGAAUGGAGGUGUUGAGGUUUAACUGAAGGUAAAGCUCAUGUAAGUAAGCUAGCUUAACGGUGUUUCCUGUCAGGCUGCAGUCCUGGCGUCUGACACUUUAUGAUUUCCAGAAGCGUUUUUUAUUUGCUUUGUUUGCAGCACACUGUUUCGACUGAACGCUUUACUCUGGAGAAUGCUUUUGUAUAUUACGAGACGUAGCCUGUGGCUUAUUUGCGUUGACAUUGCGGCCUGUUUGAUUGAACAGAGGCUGCAGCAGAAGUGUUGCUUUGCGUUGUUUUGUCGGUGUGACGUUCAGGAGCCUGCAGACCGGCUGGGAGAGGAACCAUCUUCCAGAUGGGCUGCUGUGUUUGUGUUUGGUGCUUUUAAAUUAUUACUCCUUGUUUCAGGACGUCCAGUCCGGGUCCAACUGCACCAGAUCGGUCUUGCCACUUUAUAACACCUUCCACUUAUUGAUCACUGCUUGAUGCUCAGACCAGUUCUACCCGACUGACCCAUUUCUUUACCUUUAAGAUCGAAACCUUGGAUCUAGAAAUUAAUCAUCUUCCAGUUGCAGGUUGGAAAAUCAGGGAUGUGUUCAUUAUUUCAUUAGAUUGAAUUAAAAAGAAAUUCAGUUAAAACUGUUUAUCAAACUGUGUAUCUCUGUGA